AUGGCCAAGCAAACUGCGGCAGUUGAGGUGCAGCAAAGAAAAAUCAGAAUGAUCCCGCGUAACUGUGGCUAGCUUUUUGAUUUCAUUUUCAACCAUGUAAUUACAGGUAUAAGGAGAAGUUGCAUAAAAGUUCGAAUCAGGAUCCAAAUCAGUUGAAGGAAAGUGGGCUGAGGAUAGGUGUUCCACUGGGUUGAACACUAAAGUAUCUAAUCGGUCAAAGUCAAAGGUUAUUGGCCCAUGGGACAUUUCAUAUAAAGCUGCACUAAACGAUACAUUAUCUAGGUGAUUAAAUGGGAAAAUAUGUUUAAAGGGCAGGUCAUUAACACACAUCGCCCAGAUCUUGAAAGACCAAACUGCGAACUUGUCGUUAUACAACUUAAACAAACGAACAGUAAACCGGUGACCCUAUACACCUUCUACCGUCCACCUAACGCUGCACCCGAUGCCUUGCACGAACUGAAUGAUUCACUCCAAAGUAAGUCAGAAAAUGAUGGCGUUGUAGUUGUAGGAGACUUUAAUCUUCCUGGCGUGACAUGGUCUGAGGAUCACACACCACCAAUGAGCUCAAGAGGACAUAUGGAAAAUGAGCGUUUCUGUGAACUGUUCAAUGACAAUUUUCUUCAACAGCAUAUCACAGGAUCUACGCACCUCGGAGGAAAUAAAUUGGAUUUGCUACUAUGUAACCAACCUGAACUAAUCCGAGAUAUUAGAACGCUGGAUCAUUGUGAUUUCCCCAGUGAUCAUUUUCCAGUCGAGUUCUCAAUUACACAAACUUUCAGUCGAGCUCGUCGUAUCCGACUUAAUGUUUAUGAUUUCAAUCAUGGAAGAUUUCAAGAACUUCGGACGUUCCUACAGAGAACACCGAUUGAAAUAGAUCUCACAGAAAAUAUUGACGAGUGUUGGAUGCAAUGGAAAAGUAAUUUUCAAGCAGCCGUUGAUCAAUUUGUCCCUGUUAAGACGAUAACCAAUAAAAAUUCUCCACCAUGGAUUGACUGUGAGGUUCGAUAUCUCAUUCGAAAGAAAUAUACUGCACUGAGAAACUACCGUUUGGAUAAGUCAGAUUCUCGGAAAUUGAAACUACGAACAAUCAGUCAAAACGUUAAAAAAUUAAUCAGGCGAAAGCACCGUGAAUAUCUUCAUAAGAUUGAAUCAUCGUUCUGUUCCAAUCCUAAAACAUUUUGGUCUUAUCAUAAAGCUAUGCUUCACAAUCGAACAGAUCAAAAUACUCGCAUAACAUAUAACGGCAUCACGGCGAAAACCCCACGCGAAAAAGCAGAACUUUUUAACUCAUACUUUGCGUCUGUUUUUCAAACUUCACGGUUGAACAAAAGCACGGAGAACGAUGAUUACGACGACACUCCACCUAAAACUCAUGUAGAGUUGUCCAAUAUUACUGUUAGUGUGGAAGAAGUCGUGAACAAUUUACGCAAUUUAGAUGUAACCAAGGCACAUGGCCCUGACAGAAUUCACCCUCGCCUAUUAAAGGAAUGUAGUGAACAAAUUGGACCAAGUUUGUGUGCGUUAUUCAAUCAUUCUCUGAACUGCGGCAGAGUACCCAUAGAAUGGAAGGCUGCGAACAUCACACCUGUUCAUAAGAAGGAGUCAAAAGAAGUACCUGAGAACUUUCGUCCUAUCUCGCUGUUGUCGAUUGUUAGCAAGAUUCUCGAACGCUCUGUAUGCAGCAAUCUGUACAACCAUAUAUCCCAUCUAAUCGCUGAUGAACAACAUGGUUUCAUCAGAAACCGAUCGUGUGUGACACAACUUCUGUCUGUUUUCCACGCUAUCGGCAAGAGCUUGGACAAGAACAUCCAAACAGACAUUCUAUAUUUGGACUUCGCCAAAGCAUUCGACUCCGUUGACCAUGACAUUCUCCUUGCCAAACUAAAAUCAUAUGGGGUAAAUGGAAACUUGUUAAAUUGGUUCACCGACUACUUGCACGGCCGUGUUCAAAGAGUCGUUGUAGAUGGUGUAGCAUCCGAUUGGGCGACUGUAUCGUCUGGCGUUCCUCAAGGAAGUUUACUUGGUCCUAUACUUUUCGUUAUCUUUAUCAAUGAUUUCCCUAAUGUUGUGUCUGAUACGUCACAGACAGCACUGUAUGCUGAUGAUUCGAAACUUUACAAGAGCAUAUCCUGUCUCGGUAGCUGCGAAAGCUUGCAACGAUCCCUGAAUCAUCUGAGUAUAUGGAGCCAUAACAACAACAUUAGUUUUAACGCAUCGAAGUGUAAGGUAUUGACAGUAACCCGAAAAAGCAAUCCACUAUGUUUUGAUUACCAUCUUGGAAAUACGACGCUGGUCCACGUUAGAAAAGAAAAAGACCUGGGAUGUAUCAUUACCAACCACCUCACUUGGGAUCAACAAGUCCUCGUUGUGGUGUGCAAAGCCAACAAAAUGCUUGGACUCUUACGUAGGACAUGCCCCUUGCUGACCAACACGAAAGUGCGGCGUUCCCUGUACCUCUCCCUGGUGAAGUGCCACCUCGAUUACGCUACCCAAGUCUGGUCCCCAGCACUCACUUCACUGAAAAUCAAAAUUGAAAAUGUUCAAAGAAGGGCAACGAGGUGGAUCCUGAAGCAACGAAAAGGUGAACAGUCGUACAAGGAAAGACUGGUGACCUUGAAGUUACUGCCAUUAUGUUACGAUCGCGAAGUAAAGGAUUUGGUUUUCUUUUACAAGGCAAUGCACGGGUAUAUAAAUUUGGAUAUCAAUAACUUUGUUUCCUUUGUAACCCACGGACGUACUAGGUUAAGCGAAGCGAGAACUCUAAAAACUCCGUCCUGCAGAACAAGCACCUUCCAAGGAUCGUACUUCAACCGUAUAGUCAAGCUCUGGAACAGUAUUAUGGUCACUUCCACUUCUCAAAACUUUUCCAGCUUAUCGACGUUUAAAACGUUGGCUAAAAACACAUUUAGUUUAGAGCUGAACAGAACCUUUGACGUGGACAUGACGUGCACAUGGAGUCUGGUGCGGGACUGCUCUUGCCAUAGGUCAUAGAGUAAACCUAUUAUUUAGAAGUAAAGCGUCCAAAUAGGAAUGAAUGAUGAUGUUUCGUGCGUCAUCUUAACUAAUCACUCCAUGCAAGAGAGUUUGACUAGCUUGAUCUCCAAAUCAUCAUUCGCUCUUGUUUGACCGUUUUGCUACUUUCAUUGUUUUCACAGUUUUAUAAUAUAUAUGUAUUUAUAAAUAUCUGUUAUUACUUAUUAGAGAAGGGAGGUGCCUUGCAUGGGACUUCUAUAUAGCCUCGUUCGCACCUUCCCUUUUGGGCCAGUUGAUGUUGAACUAAUUAUUUUAAAGUAAUUUGUGGCACCAAUAAAGUUGUUAAAUAAAUAAAUAAAUAAAUAAAUAAAUAAAUUAUUCUAAGCCAAAAAUAUUACAACUAAGACUGCGUGUUAAACUUUUCUACGCCGAUAAUGAUGCAGGUUUUCCAUGUAGACACUCCAUCUUAUGACUUUGGCAGCGAAAUGAUGCUUAUACACGUAUAUAACAAACGUGGCUUUUUGUGAUGAAAAUGCUGAGCUCAGCUUAAUGACUGUUUCGCCCAAGUAUUGCAUACACUAGAAAAUACAUGCAUGCAGAAACCCCUCGCCUUGCUGACAAAACCAUUGUACUUUCCGAACAUAAAAUAUUUAGCUAAAGUAGUUGUCAUGGUAACACAAUUGUGUUAAGAAUAUUUUUUACAAAUAAAAAAUCCCCUUAAAAUAUCACUUUUAGUUACAAAAUUAUCAAUUUCCCGAACAUAUAUAUGUUAGAUUUAUUUUUUAUUUUUUAUUUAAUGAUUUGCCCAUGUGAUAUUUAACAAAUAUAAAACAUUUUCCGUGUUGAUAUACAGUUAUAUCAACACGAGUGGAAAUUGGGAAAACGAGAAAUUGUGUGGAAACACGACGCCCGAAGGGCGGAGUGUUUUCACACAAUUUCGAGUUUUCCCAACUUCCACGAGUGUUGAUAUAACUAAAUAUCAAUACGGAAAAAGUGUUUUAUAUUUGUUUUAUAAUAUAGCAAUGUCAAAAGCCCGAAGAAUAAGAACAGUUUCCGUGUUACAAGCGGUGGAAAAUUUCCCGUGUUGACAUGGAGUUAUAUCAACACGGCUCUUAGCCAAUCAGCGUUCAGAAUUUACAAAUGCUAUAUUAUAAACCAUUAUGUUACAUAAAAAGUAAAUAAAAUAAAGUAGAAACAUUUGGGCUAGGAGUCUAUAGAAACUUUGAACAGGCUUUUGAUUUAGACCCCUAGUUUAAAGUCUUGGUGCUAAUAUAUAUAGUUCAAUUGUCAUCGGUUCUAAGUAUUUACAAAAAGUGAGGUUAUGUUACAUUCAAUAUUUGUAGGAGAGUACGUAUUUACUUUUAUUAAUUUAAAUGAGAAGCUUGAGUUAAAUAUCUAUUUACAUGAAGAGAAAUUACAGUUAAAGUGAUUUAUAAGAUUAAUUACAUAGAAAGUGUAUUUUGGAUUUUUUCUUAAAAAUGGGACGUGAUGUUAUUAUUUUUAAAUUACUGUCAAGAUUAUUCCAAACGUCCACCCCUUUCACUGAAAGCGAGUGCUUGACGUAGUUAGUUCUCUGAUAAGACUUAUGAAGUUUAGUUGAGUUUCGAGUGUCGUAUUGGUGAAUUUGGUUAUUUGAAAUAAAAAAGUUUGUGAAAGUUUUUGGCAAGUUCUUUAAAUGAUGAUAUCGGAACAUGAAAAGACUUGUAAGGUAGUUAUUUAACUUACUAAGAUUCAAGAUCUGCAGGUCAAUAAAUAUUUUUUCAGUGUGAGAAAAAUUGGACUGAAAUGUCAUAAGACGAAUUAUUGUCUUUCGAAUAUUUGUUAACUUUUGAAUUCUUGUUUUGUAUGUGUUACUCCAUAUUAGAUUGCCAUAGAUUAGAUAUGGAUAGACUAAAGCAUAGUAUAUUAGUUUUAAAGUAUUCAAAUUUGUAAAAUGACGAAUUUUUGCAAUAAUUCAUGCAGAUUUUAUAAUUUUCUUUGCAACGGAAUCGAUAUGAUCGUUCCAUGAUAAACAUUCAUCAAUAACUACUCCUAAAAAGGUUGUACUUUUGACUUGUUUGAUAUCGUCGUUAUUGAUGAACAACUUUACUACGUGUUUCUUUUUCUUUUUUGAGGAUCGAAAUAAAAUAAAUUUGGUUUUUGAUGUGUUGAUAGAUAGUUUGUUUGUGUUUAGCCAUUCGGCUAUUUUUUCCACUUCUGUCUGAAGAGUUUCAUUUAGUGUUUUGAGGCAUGAGUGACUGUAAAAUAUAUUUGUAUCAUCAGCAAACAAUAGCAUUUAUGCUAUAUCACUACAGUUUUGAAUAUCGUUUAUAUAGAGGAUAAAAAGUAGCGGACCCAAUAUUGAACCUUGCGGGACCCCAGUUUGUACUAUCAUUUCGUUUGACAUUAUUUGUUUAUAUUUUACAAUUUGUUUCCUGUUUGUAAGAUAAUUUUCAAACCAAAGUCUUGCUAUGCCACGAAUUCCGUAAUAUUCUAAUUUACUGAUCAGAAUCUUGUGAUCAAUGGUGUCAAAUGCUGUUGACAAAUCUAAGAAAAUACCUAUGGUGUAUUUUCCGUGAUCGAUUUCUUUUGUAAUUUUAUUAACAAGUUCGAUUAAAGCAAGUUCAGUUGAUCUGCUUUUCUGAAUCCAUAUUGAUGGUCAGAUGAAAUAUUAUUUUUUUCAACGUAAUUUAUUAGUCGUUUGUACAUUAAUUUUUCAAGUAUUUUAGCGAAACAAGUUAGAACUGAUAUUGGUCUAUAGUUUUCAAAUUUAUUUUCUUCAUUUGAUUUAAAUACUGGUGUUACCAGGGAAGUUUUAAUCUGUUCAGGAAUAAUACCUGUAGUAAAUGUCAGAUUAAAUAUAUGUGCAGUAUAAAUAAGUGUAGCAGUAUGGGAUGUUAUUCGAGUUGGUUUUGUUAUGAGUUGGUAAAAAGAAGAUGUAAAAAGUUGUUCUGUAAAUUUAUUGGCAAAAUCACAAGAUUCCGAUUUAAGUAAAUCAAUAUUAAAAUUUCCCAUGAGAUAACAGAUGUUAUUCUCUUCAUCUACUUUGCUCAAAAUUUCAUUUGUAGCAUCUUGAAAUACUUCGAUCUUAUUAUUUGGUGGCCGAUAAAUUACUCCAACGAUAAUAUUUUUCCCAAUUUCAGUGGCUAUCUCUAUAAAAGUAGAUUCAAUGGUGUCUUCUAUGUUAACAUUGAGGCCUUUGCGUAAUUUAUGUUGUAAAUUUUAAGCAACGUAUAUACCUACUCUACCACCCUUUUUUCCACUUCUAUGCAUACUAAUGAAAUCAUAACCUUCCAAGUUAAAAUUUUUAUAGUUCUCAUCGCCUAGCCAUGUUUCUGUCAAACCAAUUAUCUGAAAAUUUUCCUUCGUAGAUUUAAUUAGUUGUUUAAACAUAUCAAAUUUGUUUGAGAUGCUUCUUAUAUUUAAACACAUGACUGAGAAUUGAUUUUGCUGAUUUGAAGGUUGUUUUUUAUUAAGACUUUCCGGUAUAUAGUAAUUACACGUUAGUCUGUUUGUGUCCAAGACAUGAUCUAAAUUCGCAUUACUAUCACACAAGGCUAUGUCGUUGUUGAAAUUAAACGGAUUAAAUUUGAGCUGAUUUAGUCUAUAUAUAUGUUCCUCUGACAAGUUACUUUUGCUUGCAUCUAAUACAUAUUCCUCGUUUGAAAGGGUUUGAAAUGGCAGAGUAUCAUUUAAACAAAUUUGGCAUAUGUCAAUAUUUUUAUUAGCAUAAUUUGAUGAUUUUACGCAUGAAAUAUCCGCAUGAAAAUAUUUCCGGCAUGCAAGGCAUUCUAUAUGCUUUUGCUGUUUUUCGAUAAGCUCAAGGCAUGAGGAGCAUUUAUUUACGAUUUGCUGUGGCAUUAUGGGAAUUAUUUAUAUAUAACGGUACAUAAAAAAUGAUUUAAAGUUCUAGGUUCUAUAUAAAUAUAGCAUUGAAAAAGAUAGAUAUGUUAUUAUACGUAGUAUAAGCUUCAAUUUAAGGGAAAAUUCCACCUCAAACGCUUCGCAAUGCGUUUUGAAAUGUUCUUUAUAAAACUAAACUGUCUUUAUCGAAAAACUUUGAGUUUGCAAUAAUAUUAUUUCACAUUAUCGCAUUCAAAUAACGUUGCUUUUGUAUUGAAUUAAAAAUUAUAAUAAAAAAGGGUGAUCGAUGAUCAAUAAAAAAACACUGAAAUUAUAUGCUGUCUUUUUUCAUCUAAAAUAUACACAACGGUCAACAAUUAUAUCGAUUAGUGAUUAUAGCAAUUAUAAAGCAAACAAUACAUCAAUAUUUAAAAGAAACUUACCCUCGUUAUUAAUUAACGUGGACGCCUUUACUCCCUUCUUUUAGCAAUUCGUAGGCCUAUAUUUUCUCAAAAAGUGUCUGAAAUUCACAAAAUCUUGGCAAAAUGAAAUAUAUUUGCAAGAACUCAUCAAAUCAAGAAAUGUCUGCUAUUUCGCUGUCGUCAUGCAGUCGUUAUAAUGCAAACUUUAAAUCUGACCUAUCAGUGUUCGCUAUUCAUCACAGUCCACCAUAUUUUUUAAAUCAGUGAGGAUGAGCCCCCACCAAAACACGAACCGUAACUUAACCCACUCCCGCGAUCAUUGAUGAACUUUAGACUUCCCUAAUGCUUUUGUUUCCCCGGGUGUGAAUAGCCGGGCGGAAUUAGUACCCACGCUCCGGGCUUACGCCGCGAUCGGCAUUGGCUUAGGGAUUGCAAUAGGCACGCCAGAUUUAAAUUAAGAUGGCGGACAUUUUUAUAAACGAGGAAUAACAUAGCCAAUUUUUGUGAUUAAAAGGAUUUUGUGUCGAAAUGGCUACCGAUGAACAAGACAUGGGAACUGAAUCAACAAGCGAGUCGACCAAGAUUGUCGAAGCCGACUUGUCAUUCAUGCGAUACCAGAUUGAGAAAUUUAAAAGGUCCAGAAAGAAAGAAAUACCUUAGCUAUGAAAAAAUAGAUUUCAAUAUUUAUAAACCAUCGGCAAAUAUGAUAGCCUUUUCAACAACCGACGUAAGAUUGAUAUCAUGGAUUCAAGCCGUAUAUUUUCGAUAUAUUGCUGGCCUGAAAGAAAACACGGAGCUCGACGUACGUUGGGAAGAGCACGAGGAUAUAAAUGACCCAUCGAAAUGUGACAAAAUCUGGCUGAAUCUCUCGCGCACAGGAAACAACUCGAAUGAUAAUUUACUAACAAUAACGAUCUACUUAUACGUACCGGUAGAAUUCAAAUCCAAGAGAAAGCCUUAACCGAGUGGGGAAGCAAAGAAUUUGAAAUUAUUCUUUGCAUGAUUGACUCAGAUGAAAAUAUCAAUUCCCAAACAUCGAAAGAAAGCCUCCAUGACUAUUUUGAUAAAGUGAUGAAAUUGAAUGAUAAGAAAGAUAAGAAAGGCAGAAAUAAAAGCACUAGCCACGCAAUAGAAAUCUCAACUGAAGAAAAACAAGCAUCAACAAUGACAGCAACACCAAGAAAGACAAAUGACCUGAAAGAUCAAGUAAAUACUUAG